AUGGCGCCGAAACGGGCGAGGGAGGCCAGCCAGGGGGUGGGGCGCGCCAAGAGCUCACGAGGCGCCUCCAAAGCCGCCGGAUCCGUUGAAGACAUCGAGGACAUCAAGUUCACGCUGGCGGAGAUCCGCAGCAGCCUGCUGGCCUGGUACGACGAAAACCACCGGGUGCUGCCGUGGCGCCGCAACCCGCACUCCAAGCUGAGCGCCGAGGCGGUGGCGGCAGCGGCGGCGGCCGGCCAGGAGGGCGCCCCGCUGGACCUGCCACGCAACGAGUUUGUUUACUACGUUUGGAUCUGCGAAGUGAUGAGCCAGCAGGCGAGCAGGGCUGGGAGCAGCACCCAAGUGUCCAGAGCUGCAGAGUACUUCAGGCGCUGGGUGGCGCGCUGGCCCACGGUGCAGGCGCUGGCGGGGGCCAGCCAGGAGGAGGUGAACGAGUUGUGGGCAGGGCUGGGAUACUACCGGCGGGCGCGGUACCUGCUGGACGGCGCCAAGUACAUCGUGGGGCAGCUGGACGGCAGCUUCCCCACCACCGCCGCCGAGCUGCAGGCCAUCCCAGGUGUGGUCACACCUGCCGUCAUGGAGCUGGGGGCAACCGUGUGCGUGCCCAACACAGACCCCAAGUGUGGAGAGUGCCCCGUCAGCGCCAGCUGCGCCGCGCUGCGCGCGGUGCGGCGGCACGAGGAGGCGGGCGGGCGGGCGGGCGAGGCGGGCGCGCCUCGAGUCACUGACUACCCUGCAAAGGUCGAGAAGGCUGAGAAGCGGGAGGAGGCGGUGGCGGUGGCGGUGGUGCAGCUGCUGCCCGCGGGCGUGGCGCCGUCGGCGGCCGCCGCGCCGCCGCACCGCGCCGCCUCGCGCUUCCUGCUGGUGCAGCGCCCGGCCACGGGCCUGCUAGCAGGGCUGUGGCAGUUCCCGCUGCUGCCGCUGGGGCCUGAAGCGGAGGGGUCGCCCCGCAGGCAGCACCAGCUCAUGGACGCGUACCUGGAGGCGCAGCUGGGUGUGCAGCUGCAGCAGCAGGGCGCUGCGUCGGGGCAGGCGCGCGGUGGCGGCGGCGGCGGCGCAGGCGGCGGCGUGCGUGUGGUUGGGCGGCACCCGCUGGGCCAAGUGGUGCACGUCUUCUCGCACAUACGCAUGACGAUGAAGGUUGAGGCGGUGGUGCUGCAGGGCGAUCUCGACACGUCAGCUCGGGGCGCUGACGAGGCGGCUGACCUGGCGGCGCUGCAGUGGGUGCCCGGCGGCGAGAUGGGCGGCAAGGGGCUGAGCAGCGGCGUGAAGAAGGUGUACAAGCUCUUCACCGACGCCUGCUCCAAGGCCGCCAGCAAGCAGUCCAUCACCGCGUUCUUCAGGCCCAAGGCGCCCGCCGCGGCGGCGGCCGACGGCGCCGCCAGCGCGUAG